CCAGUAAUUCUCGGGAGAAGGUGAUAAGUCCUCACAUUCUGUUCCAGACGUGAACAGCACAAUGGGGUGCAAAGUUCUGCUGCGACUUGGUCACCAGAUGCUGCGGCGGAAGGUGGUGGACUGCAGCCGGGAGGAGAGCCGGCUGUCCCGCUGCUUGAACACCUUCGACCUGGUGGCCCUGGGGGUGGGCAGCACACUGGGCGCAGGUGUCUACGUCCUGGCUGGAGCCGUGGCCCGUGAGGACGCCGGCCCUGCCAUCGUCAUCUCCUUCCUGAUCGCUGCGCUGGCCUCCGUGCUGGCUGGCCUGUGCUAUGGAGAGUUUGGGGCUCGCGUCCCCAAGACAGGCUCGGCCUACCUCUACAGCUACGUGACCGUGGGGGAGCUCUGGGCCUUCAUCACGGGCUGGAAUUUGAUCCUGUCCUACAUCAUCGGUACGUCAAGUGUAGCGAGAGCCUGGAGUGCGACCUUUGACGAGCUGAUAGGCAAACCGAUUGGGGAAUUCUCACGGAAGCACAUGGCCCUGAAUGCCCCCGGCGUGCUGGCUGAAAACCCUGACAUAUUUGCUGUGAUUAUAAUCCUCAUCUUAACAGGACUCUUAACUCUUGGGGUGAAGGAGUCAGCCAUGGUCAACAAAAUUUUCACUUGUAUCAAUGUUCUGGUCCUGGGCUUCAUAGUGGUGUCAGGAUUUGUGAAAGGAUCCAUCCAAAACUGGCAACUGACACCGGAGGAUAUCCGGAAUUCAUCCUGCAAUCCCCAUCACAACAAUGACACAAAAGAAGGGAAAGUCGACAUGGGUGGAUUCAUGCCCUUCGGAUUCUCCGGUGUCCUGUCAGGGGCAGCGACCUGCUUCUACGCCUUCGUGGGCUUUGACUGCAUCGCCACCACAGGUGAAGAAGUCAAGAACCCCCAGAAGGCAAUCCCUGUGGGCAUCGUGGCCUCCCUCCUGAUUUGCUUCAUUGCAUACUUCGGGGUGUCCGCCGCCCUCACGCUCAUGAUGCCCUAUUUCUGCCUGGACAUAGACAGCCCCCUGCCUGAUGCCUUCAAGCACGUGGGCUGGGAGGGCGCCAAGUAUGCAGUGGCUGUGGGCUCGCUCUGCGCACUUUCCACCAGUCUUCUAGGUUCCAUGUUUCCCAUGCCACGAGUUAUCUACGCCAUGGCUGAGGAUGGACUGCUGUUUAAAUUUUUGGCCAAAAUCAAUGAUAGGACCAAAACCCCUAUAAUCGCCACACUGACAUCAGGUGCCAUUGCUGCUGUGAUGGCCUUUCUCUUUGACCUGAAGGACUUGGUGGACCUCAUGUCCAUUGGCACGCUCCUGGCGUACUCUCUGGUGGCUGCCUGUGUUUUAGUCUUACGAUAUCAGCCAGAACAGCCGAACCUGGUGUACCAGAUGGCCAGAACCAGUGAUGAGCUAGAUCAAGUCGACCAGAAUGAACUGGUGAGCACCAGUGAUUCCCAGACAGGCUUUUUACCAGAAGCAGAGAAGUUUUCUUUGAAAGCUAUACUGUCACCCAAAAACAUGGAGCCUUCCAAGUUGUCUGGGCUAGUUGUGAACAUUUCAGCCAGCCUCAUAGCAAUUCUUAUCAUCAUAUUGUGCCUGGUGGCCGUGCUUGGAAGAGAGGCUCUGGGCAAUGGGGAGCUGUGGGCAAUCUUUCUGGUCACGGGAUCUAUCCUCCUCUGUGCACUGGUCACGGGCAUCAUCUGGAGGCAGUCCGAAAGCAAAACCAAGCUCUCGUUCAAGGUCCCCUUCUUGCCGGUGCUUCCUGUCCUGAGCAUUUUUGUGAAUAUCUAUCUCAUGAUGCAGCUGGACCAGGGCACGUGGGUCCGGUUUGCUGUGUGGAUGCUCAUAGGCUUCGUCAUCUACUUCGGCUAUGGGCUGUGGCACAGCGAGGAGGCGUCCCUGGGCACUGACCAGGCAAAGACUCCCGACGGCAAUUUGAACCAGUGCAAGUGACAUGCAGCCUCGCUGGCCAGAGCUGUGGCAGCCCCGAGGGAUGUCUGCAGAGGACUGGGCAGCACCUCACUCUCCACCAGUAUAAUAGGAACCACCCUCGUCCGCGACACCCCCAGUGCCACCAAAGGUGCAACUAACCGUAUUGCAGCCGCAGCCAGCGCCUGAGGCCCCGGCCUCCUCCAGACAGCUCCCUGGCCAGGGCCACCUGGCUGUGGCUGGCCAUAUAUCUCCUUACUUCCCUCUGAACAAAGAAAACAGCCCCUCUCCUCGCCAGCCGGCUGUGCUGCUAUGGCUCCCGGCAGAGGGGAGGUCACCUGGUCUCCCUCCCUGGGGACUGCUCUGGUAUUGCAAGCAUACAUACUCUAGACCUCCAGUAGCCAUUUCCCCCCUCAGCCCCAAACAGCCGGCCAUAGAUGCAAGAUGAGUACCACAAAACAGUGUGUCCCCAGCAGUGCCACCCCAGAGCCAAGUGACAGCAAUUCACUAGAAGAAUAACAGGGCUGUUAGACUUCCCUUGCUCCUGCCCUCUGAGUUGCUUCCAGAUGGGGUGUUAGGACUGGGCCUCUCCCCACAGUGCCCUCUGAGCAGGUUGGCUCUGACACCGUCACAGACCCAGCCCACCGCGGGGGAGCAGGACCGAGGGCAGGCGGUUCAUCCUAGGCACAGAAGACGAGAGGCUUCUGGUGCGAACAAAGGCCUUGAGGUCAGGGGAGGGCUGGCUGUCUCGUGCAUGCCCAUAGACCAGGGGACCUUCUCCAGUCCCGUUCCUGGAGGUCAGGAAGAGUUCCUGCUGCUCUGGUGUCUGUCGCUGCUGGCCAUGUGUCCUGAGUAACUGGAACACUGUGUUUGUGUAGGACUGGCCCCAGAAGAGUUUCACACUCUGGGGUCUUUUCCAUUCACUAAGUCUUGCCCUCUGGUGGCUUGCGCACCAGUCUUUUGGAUCUUAUAAGGUUCUCAAAACAGGUGGCAGCUCGGUCUGCGGUUGUGACACUUCUGCCCCCUGACAUGGUCUGUUUGGCUUCUGAUGUAUAAGGAAAUUGAAUCCUCCUGUUAGUUGUGAAUCACUCCACCAGAUUAAGUUGGGGCUUAACAUUAACUUGGAAAAUGACCAAACAAUGACUGCGAGCCGCUGGCCUGUGGGUCGGGGUGUGUGGUCCACAAGGAGGCAACUUGGAGUCCUGUUGCUCUUGUGUAUCUGUGGUCCAGAUGCUGCGGCUUUCCAUACCAUUGAGGUCCAGCGGAGACCUCAGUGUCCUUCUGUGACUCCUGUCUACACCCUGCACUCUGUCCCCUCCUUCUGUAGCUGGGGUGGGACCUAGGACCAACACCAUUUCACACACUCCUUGUAGAUGGAAGCCCAGGGAAGGGGAAUGCUGAUGGAGCCUCACUUCCAUUUAAAGUACCACCGGAGCCCACAGGGAGGGUGAGAGAGAGCCGCAUUUUAGACACCACAGAGAAGUAGCUGCUGCUUUUAAAGCUUAGAUUCCUGUUUCUUUCCUGCCUGGCCAUUGAUGCAAAUCUGGUGGGAAGAAACUUGAUUGACUGAUGGCUCUUGUCUUUUCCCCUCUGUUCCAGGAGGUUCUUAGAGAGAUGUAAGCGUUAGUGAAACUGGCCUGGGGCUGUGGCUCAGUGGCGGAGCUCUUGCCUAGCAUGUGCGAGGCCCUGGGUUUGAUCCCCAGCACCACAAAAUAAAAAUAAAGCAGCUAAAAGACCAGGUCAGCCAAUGAAGGGUGGCCCAUGGCCAAGAGCUAGGGAAUUAUGCCCAGUUCUGACCACUUGCUGGAAGCUUUAUUCCAAGUUGCAUCUGUGAAUGUCCCAGAGGGAGUAUCCUAAGACCCCAAGGGUUGGGUUUCCAAAGAAAGGUAUUUAAAUUUAUGUAGAUUGGUGCUGUAAAAUAUUUUCAUAAACAUUAACUUAUUUUGUUGGGGGUUUUAGUUGUCUGUUGUCUUCUUAUGACCUAUUAGGUUUGUUUGCCUGAUUUUUUUUUUUCCUGUUAUUUUUUCUGUAUAGGCAAAGAGAACUUGGAGGAAGGAGGGUGAACAAUGAGGUGGGAGGGAGAGAGCAUUCUGUUUCUUUAACUUCCUUUCUGGCUGAAAUCUUUGUGCAAGCAGCGCUUGAUGGUCUGUUUACAAGUUGAUGUGUCGGCCUGUAUCGUCAUCAAUCUGCACGGUGGGAAGGGGUGUUUGGGGGUUUGACCACAGUCAGACAGUCUCCCAUCACGGAACAUGCUGACAGCCACAGAUCUGCCCUCCUUUCCUCAGUCAAAUGCUUACUGUGCAACACAGAAGCUCACAGGGGUCGGGGGUGGGGGAUAUGGUGCCCCUGUACCCUCCCUUGUUAGAGGAAAAACUUCUUCAGAAAGCACACAUAAGGUGACUUGCAUGAAGAGUUCAUUGCUUUUAUUAAAGAUUGUGUGCAUUUGUCAAGGGGCUUUUCUGUGUAAUAGGGGCAGUGAUACAUGGAAUGGUAUUUGGGGUGAGCCUCUCAAUUUUAAUAAGCCUUUUCUUACCACAUCCCUCAUUCCUUCCCCGGAAAUAAAAACACACAGGCAAAGAAAAGAAAAAAAGAAAGAAUAGUUUCACAUCUCUUAACCCCUUGUGCAAAUAAGAAUAUCAUUCUCAGUUUCAGGACUUGGGUGGUAUUUUCCUACGUAGUCAGGAUGUGCAAACCUUCUGAAGAUGCACACAUCCUGUGGAAUGCCCUGUCUUCUCUUGUUGUGCACCGGGCCCAGAUACUCAGAUUAGAAAGACUCAUUUUCAAUGAGUAAGCACCCUUUCUCUCGCCAGGCUCAAAUUUCUCUUUGCCAGGCUCAAAUUUAGGAAGAAGCCAAUAGUAGGAACCCCCAGGAGCUCUGCUGAAGAAUAGGGGUGAUGAAUGUCUCCUGAGCAGCAGCGGGGGACCCCAGUGACAGGCUGGGACGAGAGCUGCCUUCUGGGUGGCACUCCCAUCAUCCCCGUCCACGCCUCUCAGGUGGACUUUUGUGCAUUGGACACAUGGUUUCAAUCCAAGAGGGAAAACUGUAUACUCCUCUUUCCUGGGCCAUCUCAGAAAACUGUUAAAUUCAUACUGUUUUCAGAAUUGUUCAAAUCUUCCCCCAUUUGGCAAAAAAACAAACAAACAAAAAAAAACUCCAUUGAAUCCCUUAUCUCUAUCUGGCAAUCAGCCACCUAGUUCCAAGUGCUGAGGCAGUGUUUAGCCCCACAUGUCACUCCCCUGCCUGUGGCCCGAAGUGACUGCAGGACGAGGGGUCUCUGGGAUUCUACACCCAUCCUUCCUGACCAAGGCCUUGGAGCGCCCCCUCCUGCACCUUUGGUGUGGCCGCGUGCACAUCUGGAGGAGACCCAGGGCCGCCCUGCACUUUGGGGUGCUUCAUGCAGGAUGCUGGGAGACUUGUGAGGGGCCUGCUCCCCGCUCCCCGCUGACACCGAGCAGGCAUUCUGAAUUAGCUGUAGGCUCUUGCCCAGCACGGUGAGCCUUGGACAGCUGUGAGUACUGGACAGGAGGCUGGGUUCCAUGUGUGGACAUGCCCUGCACAGACCCCACCCAGCCUUUCUUACGCAUUGCUGGACAUACUGGGCUCACUGCAGGAGCGUUCCUGGCUCCCCGCUGGGACCCUCCUUUUUUAUUUGAAUGUGCCCUGUUCACUGACACUUUUUUCUUGCUAAUAGGAGCUGACGGUUAAGUUCCGUUGGCACCCAAGUGCCAGGGCGCCUGUCCUCGGUGUUGAUGGACGGGUGGAGGAGUGUGUCCAGGUCCACCCUCUAGUGGGUUCCUGUGCUCCCAGGACGGGAAUUACUUGGGCAGAGGAUGUGUGAUGCAUGUGCAAAACUUACGGAGUUCAAGUUCAGACGGAACUGAGUAUAUGUUGUGUAUAAUUGUGUAAAAUUCAAACCCUGUCUGUUUGCCAUGGUCAUGAGUAUUCUAUGUGAGGCUCCCAGGGGAGAAGUACAUUUGUCAGACUUUUGAGGGAUCAUGAAAUGCUUCAUUGAUGCGGUGGUGCCAGAUGCUACACUCCAAGUGACAUUGUGGUUAUGGUGCCUAAUGGAUUCUCAAGGCAAAAAUAAGUCACCCGGCUUUCAUCUUUGUCACUCUUAAUCCAGAGCCUUUUGGUGCCCAUUGCUUCAUUGAGCCACAGGCUCUCUUCCCAGAGGGACCUGGUGAGACCAAGGCGCUCUAGGCACAGUUCCCAAGGAGCCCUCCAGGAUCGUCCUGUUAACAGUUGAACUGCCUGCCGGCCAGAAACCCACGUGAGACAGAGACCUUGUCCAAGAGGAUGUUCUCAGGGGAUAAUGUGUCCAGCAGGGUCAGGAAGCAGGGGUGGGGAGAUGCAUUCAGACUUUGUUAAUUGAUUAACAAGGUAUAUGGUUUCAUGUUUCUCGAUGACAAACUUUUUCAGUUUGGGGACUUAUUUUCCCAUUUGAGAAGUUAUAAUAUAUAUUUAAGGUAUGUUUCCUGCUCCCGUUGUGCCUUUCAGCUUCGGUGGGUUUAAGGAUCACAAAAGGGUCAUGAUACUAAUGAGGGUUGGUUUAUUAUCAAACCUGAAUAGCUGUGGUUUCUCCAGGAAGUUUUUUUCUUCUACUGAAUAUGGAGCCAUUACAAAAGAGUUGUGUGUUUUUUAUUAUGUAAAUUGUAUGAUAUUUUUUUGCUCGUUUGAUGUUCUAUUUUUCUAAUAGUUUUCUUAUAGUUUCUUAUAAUGGUGAUAACUAGAUUUAGAUUCUGAUGCGAACUGCAAAUCAGGUUGGUCUCUGCUGGGCCCCUCCUGUUUUCUUAUUAUAUUUUAUUUUAUUUUAAGGACAAGCGCAGGUGUCAUCCAUCACCUUUAAAAAAAAAAUGUGAAACUGCUCUGUUUCUCUUUUUGCUGACUACACUGUACAUUGACAACUUCCUACCAUACUUUAUGUUGUAAAAUCGAACUAUUUUGUGGUACAUUAUCUCAUGCUUCUGCAAAAUCUAAUAAAUUCUGUCUGUGGCUUCCGUGUA